CCCCCCUGAGACGGGCGCAUGUCCUGACAUCCGAGCACGUUCGUGUACUUUGGACCAUCACCAGUCGCAGAUCAACUGCUCGGAUACUCCAGCACACGGCUUGCACUAUGAAGCGGCUUGCAUCUUCGUUCACGGAAUCUCAAAGCUCGAAACGGGCACGAAUAGGAUCACCAGCCAGCCAUGGUAGCGGCGAGGCCCCAGGAACCAACUGGCCUGCCAAAAAGGAGGAGAUUGAAGCGGCGAGACGCUUUAUUCUAGAAUGUGCUACCGCCAAAUCCAGAACGCUCAUCGUUCCUGACAAGGACGCGGAUGGACUCGCAUCUGGCUCAAUCCUUCAACGGACUCUCGUCCUUCUUGGCCUGCCCUCAAGUCUUAUUACCACUCACCUCGUCCAAAGAGGGAAUAACAUCCACGACCCUUCGGAGCGGACGGCCAUGACAAAGCUGUCUCCAUCGUACGUCUUCGUCCUGGACCAAGGCUCCCGGCGCUCCUUGCCUGUUGUCAAUAUCCCAAACCACAGAGCCCUUAUCAUCGACCACCACCAGGCUGCCGAAGACGAGUUUCCGUCUGGUUCUCAGCAUGUCACUGCCUGCAACUUCCCGCCUGUAUCUACAUCUGCCCUGCUAACCUACCUCAUAUGCCGUCCUCUUCACCCUGCCAUUGAACAGCAGUGCGCGUGGCUGGCCGUUCUUGGUACGCAUGGAGAUUUGGGCACAAACUUUAAGUGGCAACCGCCCUUUCCCGAUAUGGGUGUCGUGCUCAAGAGGUACACGCGCAAAAGGAUCAACGACUCAGUCUCUCUUAUCAACGCACCGCGCCGCACAGCCGCAUAUAACGUCCAUGCCGCAUGGGAGGCACUGACGGAGGCCGUCAGCCCGGUCGAUCUGCUCGCUAACAAGGCGCUCUUGGCGGCAAGGGUAGAGGUCAACGCCGAGGUGGAACGGUGCACACACGUCCCGCCCAAAUUUUCGAGCGAUGGGCGCGUGGCGGUUUUGAUAAUGAAUAGCAAGGCACAGGUGCAUCCGGUCAUUGCGACGAGGUGGGCGGGACACUUGAAAAGUGCUAGGCUUGAGGUGGUGAUGGCUGCUAAUGAGGGGUAUCGGGAAGGGAACGUGAACUUCUCGUGCAGGGUGGCCAAGUGUGCAAAGGAAAGGAGUGGCGUUAGGGGGGAGGUGAACAUCAUUGAGCUGUUAAACGGCAUCGUGGAAACGGCCGGGGAUUCGAGUCUGAGGGAUAGACUUGGAGAUUCUUUUGCGAGAGGACAUAAGGAGGCUAGCGGGGGGAUUGUACCCACGAAGGAGUUCGAAGAGCUAAUGGCAUUGAUGGAGGUUGGCGUGGGAAGUAGGAAGAAAAAGGACCUGGCGACACCGGAAGGGAGAAAGGAAAAUACUAUCACGAAUUAUUUCCUCAAAAAAGCUGGUCCCCAAACGGACUAACGAGGUCCUGGUCACCUGCAGGUGCGAACAUUUGCUGGUAGAUAGAGGUAAUUAUACAAUCUAUGUACAACAUCUAAAAACAUAACUAUUUACGUCG